AUGUCUGGUGAAGCAUGGCUCUAUCUUUUGUCGGUGUUGAUCAACGCCGUCAACCUGUUCCUGCAGGUUUUCUUCACGAUCAUGUACAGCGACUUGGAGUGCGACUACAUCAACCCUAUUGACCUCUGCAACCGUCUUAACGCCUACAUUAUCCCCGAAGCCGCUGUCCACGCUUUCCUGACCUUCCUAUUCAUUAUCAACGGCUACUGGCUGGCUAUUGUCCUUAACUUGCCUCUCCUGGCCUUCAACGCCAAGAAGAUUUACGAGAACCAGCACCUUCUGGAUGCGACUGAGAUUUUCCGCAAGCUCAAUGUGCACAAGAAGGAAUCAUUCAUCAAGCUGGGCUUCCACCUCCUGAUGUUCUUCUUCUACCUCUACAGCAUGAUUGUCGCUCUGAUCCACGACGAGGGACACUGA